AUGUUCAAACAAACUUUAUUCAUCGCCCUUGUGGUCUGCGCCUUCAUGGCCUCAUCUGCUCUUGGCCAAACCGACGGAACCUACUUCAACUUGCGUCCAUCCGGAGUUGUCUGCAUCACCACACCAUGCCCAUCAUGGACUGUCACUAGAGCCAACGAUAACACUGAGAACACCACCGUUCACUCUGUCUCCUUUGCCGCCAGCAUCAAUGAGUCUAUCCUCUUUGAGGUUGAGUACGACCAGACCCUCGUCUACGGUUACCUAACCAUGCGUUACGUCGGAACCCAACUUGUCCGCCAAUUGAUCGUCGAGCAGGCCUACCGUCUGCUUCCACUCCGUGCUGAGGACCAAGCAGCCCGUGCUGGUUCAUUCUACUCUGCCUCAUUCGAUAACCUCUGGAGAGCCACCCUCUUGAACUCUGAUGCCCUCCUCACUUUGGACGCCCUCCACGAGCCAUACAGCUCAUACAGCCACUUGGAUAUGGAGUGGUUGUUCAACAAGGUUGUUACCACUGCCGCCCCAACCAAGGCCAUCGUUCAGGGUACCAUCCAGCAUGGAGUGUUGGUUGCCACCGCCUUCUACAUUAACAUUGUUGACCCAAGCCAGCGUUGCCCACCAUCACCAUUGAUUGGAUGUGCCACCGGAUACACCGCCGUCUACAGCCGUGAUGUCAACCGUUGCCGUCAGAUGACUGGUUGUGUCAGACCAGGUCCAUGCAUUCUGUCGAUCGCCGUCUGUGAUGAGGGCUAUGACUUGAUCUCCAUCCCAUCAGCUCCACGUGGAUGCCCCAAGUUCACCUGUGACCCAUCCUUCGUCAAGAAGCUCUAA